AUUAUAUAACAAACUAUUGUCUUUCACCAACCAUCUUCCUCCUCCAUCAGUUAUAUCUCAACCUCCUACAACUCUAAAGAAGAAAAACAAUACACCCUUUGAUAAGUUUAGUGUUUUUUUUUCUUUACUAGGUUUUUUAGUUUACAACAAUAAUGAGGUAUAGAAUGGAAAGAUUUGUGUUACUUCCAUUUUCUGUGGGUUGCAUCUCUGAAUCAAGUGUUGCAGUUGGUCAUCAUCAUCAGCUUAAUAAAAGUCCAAGUCCUGAACCCAAGUUAACUCUCCCAAGAAGCCAAAAAGAAGGAAAGGAGGAGGAGCAAGAUCAAGAAGAUGAAGAUGACAAAGGUUUGGAGGGUGAAAAUUUGAAGAGUACAUUAGGCCUUAUGGCCCUUCCCAAGUUUCAGAGGCUUUUCAAGAACUUGUCCCAGUUAUUUGUGGACAAGGAAGAAAUGGAAGACGAAGAGGAGGAGAUGGGAAUGGAAAUAGGAUUACCAACAGAUGUGAAGCAUGUAACUCACAUUGGAAUAGAUGGUGAUUCUACUUCUAGCCUUUCAACAAGAAAUUGGGAUCAUCUUAAAUCCCCUAAUGAUAAUUUCCUCACUCAUUUCCCUUCUAAUUUCCCUUUAUCUCCUUUUGCCAUUGCUCAUUCACCUCACUCCCCUAAUCACAUUUCCAUGGCUAGCUCCUCUUAUUAAUUAAUUCAUUAAUUACCGCUUUUCACUCGUCCGCCACUGGAAACACUAUUUUUCGUCCGACUUGUAUGUGUUAAGCAUAUCGCCAGUGUUCAUUCUGAGCCAGGCUCGUUUCCCACUGUCAAAAAAGGAUCAAUUUGAAUGAAGUAAUUCUUAUAUGUUGGAAAAUUUGUGUCAAUGUUACCUUUAAUUGGUUCUUGUCAAAGUAUUGUACUUGGAUGGAUUACUUGCCUAUAGAGUUUGUUGGGUGUGAGAAAAAAGUUAAAUGUAUAUUUGUUUCUUUUUUACUUCAGUAAAAAUAAAUAAGUUCAUUAUUGUUAUUA